UACGCCACAGAUGCGUCUAGUCUGCCGGAAACAAGAACAAGAAGAAGAAGAAGCUGAAAGCGGAAGUGGAGUUUUCCGGUGUCCUUGUGUGAGAGAGGCGACUGCGUACAGACUGUGAAGAUGAACAGUUACAGACACUUAUUUGCGCUCCAGCAGGUGGCGCGGCGGACCUUCACCAGCUCUGCCCGCCGACAGGUCGACAACAAAGUCCCACAGAAACAGAAGGCGUUUCAGGAGGAUAACGGGAUGCCAGUUCACUUAAAAGGAGGCACCGUCGACGCUCUGUUGUACAGAACAACGAUGACCCUCACUGUCCUGGGAGCUGCGUAUGUUGUGUAUGAACUGGUGAAGGCAGCGUUCCCUCAGAAGAAAUAACGACUCCGCUGCUUCAGCCGUUUACUUCCACUUUAAAAACAGGCCAGCCGCUCUGUUGUAUAGAAAGAUGAUGAUCCUUCGUCUGUGCCGGGCUGCGUGUUUCCUGUCAUGGUGGGAUAUUGUUUCACGUUCAUGGGAUCAAUAUUUAUUUCUUGUAAUCUCUCUGAUGACAUCAAUUAAAAAAAAAUGCCUCUCAUGACUAAAA